UGAGAACGGCUUUUAAGUUGCGCACAUCGCGGCGGGCAACUAUCAAUUUUAUUUCAUUUUCAUCCAUAGAAUAUAAGUACAUGCGAGUGCAUGUACCAUAACUAUAUGUGUAUAUAGGCACUAGUGUACUCUUUACCGAAAUAUGGGAAACUCAGAAACGCGCACCGUCAACAACAAAAACAACAACAACAACAGCCUGACAAUUGCCGAUCGAUGUACUGCAACAAUUUUGACUGAUUUAUUGUGACAGAGUCAGUUGAGGGCAAACGAGAUGUGCAAUAAAAAUCGACGAUGUGUCUUUCGGUGUAUCUAUGUACAUAUAACAAGUGGAGAAGCAUUCAAAAUACAUUGGAUACAAACAACAUAUGAGUUUCUUCAGUUCUUUCGUCUCAUUACGUGAUGUCGACGUCAUGCCCGUGUAAAAAAAAAAAAAAAAACACACACAUAUUCAAAUCAUGGAUAUAUCUAACUGAAAGUCAUGUAAAUGUGAAAAGCAAAUACCACGCACUCACAUAUAUACUUAUGUGCAUAGAAGUAUAUAUGGGUUCAUAUAUCUGUAUAGAUAUAGAUAAACACAUGUGCAUACGUACUGAACUGUUCAAUUGAAGUGUUAAAAUUACCCACUUAACAUCGUUUUAAGGUUAUAGCUUUUAAUGUGUGGAGAAAAAAAAAACAAAAAAAUAUAACAGAAAAAACUAAAAAAAAAAAAAAACAAAACAAAUACAGUCAUACAAGCUUACAGUCACACGUGCCUUGUUUGCAGAUGUAAGAAAUAUAUACAUAUAUAACAAAGGCUAUUAAAAACAACAACAACAACAACAAGAAUAUUAAUAAGUAAAAAGAAAAUAAACAAUCUAGUUAAUGGAAAAUCAUCAGGUGUUAGCCCAAAAAUAUGAAUCGUUCAGAUAAAAUGUUAAGAUCUUGAUACAAUCUGAUCUUAUUUGGCAAUUCUCUCUCUUUCUGCCUUACUCUCUCUCUCUCUCUCUCUCUCGCUCCCUCUCUGGUGCUCUCUCUCGCCACUGAGCACAGAGCCCCUAUAGAGAAGAUGCACAUGCACAAAUUGUAUAUGAUAAAGACGGUUGAUCUGUUAAUGAAUGUCAGCCAGGUGUUAGACAAUGAAUUUCUUUGGCCAUGACUAUCUAAGCGGAUUUCGACGCAUUAAUCAUACGGUUACGUAUCAUACACCAAAUUGGGCCGAUCAGGAGCCGCAGUAUUAUCUAAAGGAUACAUUUGUUUGGAAACAGCGCAAGGGUUCCAGAGUUAGUACAAUAAAUGACUGGCUACAAAUACAAAUUGGCGGCUCUGAGGAUGUUAAAAAGAAAAAGCCAUCGAAUCAAAAUCGCAUUAAGUCCACAAAAUACACAUUGCUCACAUUUCUGCCGCAGAAUCUAUUGGAACAGUUUCGACGCAUAGCUAACUUUUAUUUUCUAGUUAUGACUAUAAUAUCGCUAUUAAUUGACAGUCCCGUUUCGCCAAUGACUUCUCUGUUGCCUCUAGUCUUUGUUAUCGCUGUGACAGCUGCGAAACAAGGCUAUGAAGACAUCCUGCGCUAUAGAACUGAUAAUGUGGUUAACCGCUCACCGGUUACCAUCAUAAAGAAUGGCGCUGAGGCUAUAAUACAGUCACAGAAUGUGGCCCCGGGUGAUCUGAUCGUUGUGGAGCGCGACUGCGAUGUGCCCUGCGAUUUGGUAUUGCUGCGCUCAACCGAUCCACAUGGCAAAUGCUUUAUAACAACGGCCAAUUUGGAUGGUGAGUCGAAUCUGAAGACGUUGAUGGUGCCCAGAGAACUGCCGACUGUUCCGAUCGAGGAGAUGCACAAGCUGGGCGUUAUCGAGUGCGAAAGUGCCGGCACCGAUCUAUAUAGUUUUAAUGGCAAGAUCGAGCUGGCCGGCGGCGAGGGGCGCGUCCUGCCCCUCUCUGCCGAAAAUGUGCUGCUCCGUGGAUCGCGUGUAAAGAAUACGGAGUGUGUCAUCGGUUGUGCCAUCUAUACCGGAAUGACCACCAAGCUGCAGCUGAACAGUCGUCUGACCCGCAACAAGAGCGCCUCGAGUGAAACCUAUGUGAACAGAUUUUUAAUAUUUAUACUAAUAGCUUUAAUAGCCAUAGUUACCUUGCUCUAUUUCCUAAAACGUUACAAUGAGCUCUUUGUGAUACCCAAGCUGACCUAUCUGGGACCUGCAGCGGAUGGCUAUAGUGUGAAACAGUUUCUGCAGGACUAUCUGUCAUUUCUCAUACUGUUCAACUAUUUGAUACCCAUCUCGCUGUACGUGACCAUUGAGCUGCAGCGCGUCAUUGGCGGCUUCUUCAUGGAAUGGGAUACGGAGCUCUAUGAGAAGGAGACCGAUCAGCAGUGCAUCGUGAACACAUCGAACUUGAACGAGGAGCUCGGACAGAUCAACAUACUCUUCUCCGACAAGACGGGCACACUCACCAAAAACGAAAUGAACUUCCAACAGUGCUCGAUUGCUGGCCACAAGUUUACCUAUAAGAAGACUCGCCUGGAAGAUGAUGAGACCAAGGCACUGGUGGACAUAAACAAGUUCAGCAUUGACCAGAAGGUGUUCUUCCAAGCGCUGGCCAUUUGCCACACAGUGCAGGUGGCAACAAGCGCGCCGGCAGAUGCCCCGGUGGCGGCCAAUAAGAAUGAUAGCAACAAGUCGGGACCACCUGAAAUGUACUCCAUUACGGACAUCACCGAGGAGAGUCACAAUUCUAGUCAGCACAGCGAGCUCAAUGUGAGCCAUACGAUUGACACAGCCAUCUCGGUGCAUCCGAAUGGUGUUAAUGCACCGGUUAGCUCAUCGGAUGUGAAUCCCCUGCUGAUUGGCGAUGACAGCUACCAGGUGGAGCGACGCAAGCGGCCGCAGGUGGUCAAGCGUAGCCCGAACUUUGCCAGAUCCAAUAAGGUGCACAGUGCGGGCGUUGGUGAUGCGACGGCGGGCAACACGACUGAGCAGAAUGGUCACUCGAUGGUUGUUGGCACGCCGCUGCAGAGUCAGAGUCCGCACAUGGUGCGGCCCAUAUCGCUGCAAUUCCAACGUUCCACCUCUGAGCGGGAUCUGCCGCAGUUUGGUGAGGCGAACAGUGCGGCUGCCUUGGGUCACAGGCGCGCCCAUUCAUAUGGCGCGCCCAAUGCGUAUCUGUCGCAUCCCGUUGGGAAUAUGACGCCACCAGUGGGUGGACUCUUUCGCACCGCCAGCAGCACAUCGCGUGAGUCCUAUGCAGCGCCCACAUUCACACGCCAGCCUACGAUACUCAUACGUGCCGAAUCGCAGCGUCGAAAGAAUGAAAUCCAGCAAACAUUAUGCUUGCUGGACUACCAGGCCUCCAGCCCGGACGAGAAGGCACUUGUGGAGGCCUGCGCCAAUCUGGGCUUUGUCUAUACGGGCGAUGAUGGCGAGGUGCUGCGCGUGCGCAUUGUGCCGCCGCAUCUGGACUAUAAGCGACCCAUCAACAGCAAUAAGCCCAAGGAGGAUUGCUUCUAUCGUCUGCACGUGCUGGAGUUUACCUCCGAUCGCAAGCGUAUGAGCGUAAUUGUGCGCGAUGAGGCUGGCAAGAAGUGGAUCUAUACCAAGGGCGCCGAGAGCUAUGUAUUUCCGCUAUGUGCAAACAGCUCGGCGUUGAUGGUGACCAAAACGGAUAACCAUAUCAGCGACUUUGCUCGCUUGGGUCUCCGCACCCUGGCCAUAGCCAGGCGGGAGAUCACUGAAACGGAGUAUCAGGAAUUCAUCAGUGCCUUGGCCCAGGCGAACAGCUCACUGGAAAAUCGAAAGCAACUUUGCGAGGAAUGCUAUUCAAAGAUUGAAAGCGACCUGGAUCUGCUGGGCGCAACAGCUGUGGAGGAUGCACUGCAGGAUGAUGUGGCCGACACGCUCGUAUCCCUGCAGGCAGCUGGCAUCAAGAUUUGGGUGCUCACUGGUGACAAGGUGGAAACGGCACUGAACAUUGCUCUGUCCUGUGGCCACAUACCACCCGAUGCCAAGAAGUAUAUUAUACUCGAGUGCAAGAGCCGCGACGAUCUGCUAAUCCACUUGAAUGUGCUCGAGCGCGAAAUUGUCUUUGGGAUCGGCCAAGAGUGUGCGCUGCUCAUCGAUGGCAAGAGCCUGGCCGUCGCUCUGGCCGAAGCACCCAAGGAGUUUCGCGACGUUGCCGUUAAGUGCACGGCCGUGCUCUGCUGUCGGCUCAGUCCCCUGCAGAAGAGCGAGGUGGUGGCGCUUAUCAAGUCCUCCAAUGAGAACUAUAACACGGCCUCCAUUGGGGAUGGCGCCAACGAUGUGUCCAUGAUCCAGGAGGCGCAUGUCGGCAUCGGUAUUAUGGGACGCGAGGGCCGUCAGGCGGCGCGCUGUGCCGACUUUGCCUUUGCCAAAUUUUGCAUGCUGAAGCGUUUGCUUCUGGUCCAUGGUCAUUAUCACAGCGUGCGUCUAUCGUUCCUGGUGCUCUACUUCUUCUACAAGAACAUUGUGUUCAUGGGCAUCAUGUUUCUAUUUCAAUUCCACACGCUCUUCUCCUCAUCCUCUGUCUACGAUUCUCUGUUCCUGACCCUCUACAAUGUGAUCUACACGUCGCUGCCCAUUCUCUUCAUAUCUCUAACCGAGAAACCCUACACCGAGGAGACCCUUAUGCAAACUCCGAAACUGUAUAGGAAAAACACGGAUAAUAAGCAACUUCACUGGCCCUACUUCCUAAUGUGGACCGUAUUUGCGGUUUACCAUGCGCUGAUAAUCUUCUAUUUUGCGUACUGCAUAUUCUCCUUCAAUAAUGUCAUACUGAAUGGAGGCCAGACGGCGGCAUUUUCCUGCUUUGGCACGCUGCUCAUCUGGGGCGUGGUGAUCAUAGUGAACCUUAAGCUCUGGCUGGAGUCCAUGUAUCUAUCCUAUUGGUAUAUUGCGACCAUAGUAUUAUCGAUACUUGCAUUUAUGGUUACGACCGUCAUCUACAAUGUCAUCAAUUUGGACUACGAUACGGAUAUUUACUGGGCAUACAACAAUCUCUUGGCCUCCCUGCCAGUCUGGCUGUACAUCCUUUUGACGAUUGUGGCCUGUCUAUUGCCUGAUUUCACAUUGCGAAUGCUGAAGAGAGCGUUGAAAAUCAAGGGCUUCAGCAUUUUUCCCGGUAAACAGCGAAAACGUGAAAUGCGCAAAAAGUUCGAGUCGACCUAUUUAUAAUACUUAGUAUUAGGCCAUAAUUUUUAUACGGUUUAUUUAUUUAUUUUUUUUCUUAUACCUAUGUACAUAUAGUUUUUUUUUUUUUUUUUUGCUUAUAAGUAAAGUCGAUUGUUUGUUAAAAAUAGAA